AUGAGAUCGUGUCUGGUUGCCGUAACUGCCCGCGGGACGGACGACAACCUCUUCAUUGGAAGUGAGGGCUUCAUCGAGGGGAAAUUAGGCUUCAAACGAGGAACGGUUGCUGGAAUCUUGACGGUCGACACAGUGGCCGACUAUCUUCCGAGGAAAGGUCCAUUCCGAUUAAGAAGGUAACUAUCGAGUGCUAAGAUUUCCUUCAUUUGUGAGAUGUAGAAAUUGAAAUCACAACUGCACUGUUAUACCGUCCUCAGGCUAUUCUACAUUUUAUACCCAUAAGCUCACCUCUUGAAGUUUCUUGUGCCCGUUGGGUGCGGAUUUGCUUUUAGCCGAUGAACUGAAGAUCGAUUGGCUUAUAAUAUCAUCGCUGGUCGUGCAGAGAUUUUUUUUUCGCUCUUUGUAUGACUCCAUUUAAUAUGACUUUCGGGAUUUAUUCUCGAAGAAGAUGAUAAAGAUGAUAGCGAAAUCUAUCAACGUCAAAAUCAGCAGAUAUCCCCCAUCACUCUGGGCAAUUAGACAGGCAAACAAUGCCCUUAGCAAGCAGAUGAUUCCCUCUAAAAAUCAGAAAUUGUUUUGGACGCUAGCCCUGUAAUUCAAGUAAACAUUAACACCACUGUCCAUGUGUAUAAGGAGUUACAUGAAAGGAGGGGUCUCUGUCGCAGCUUGAAUGCUUACGUCAGAACUGAUAAGUGAACGUUAGAGCAAUUUGGCAUUUCAAACUGAAGGUUGUCUGUAUUAGUACUCAAUUCUUCUAGACAGUUUUUGUUUAGUUAUUAUUCUACAGAGUAUAAAUAUUCGGAUGAGCACGGAUGAUGAGAGACGUAUGCAUCACAGUGCCUUCUUCAGAAUAUACAUUCCCCUGGAAUGUACAAUCAAGAGGGGAGCGUGUGCCAAGGUUUGGUAUAUCAUUUUUUCUUUAAGCUGUUUAUUGCUAUGGUGAGUAUGAACUUUGAUUUCGUUAUUUAUUUGAUAUCAGAAUUGCUGGGAUCUUAUUGGCUGGGGUCCCUAUCCGAAUGUUCUUUGUAUACAUCAUUAAGCGGAACGUAAUGGAUAAAGUAUGGAGUAUGAAGUUCUGAUUUGUGUAUAUCUUUUAGAAGAAUCCCAACCGACUAUGAAAAAAUAUUGCCGGGUAGCUUGGAUCCGUGUAGACUUUUAAUGGCAGUAUGCUCAUCGCUGUGACAACUGGAUUGGGAAUGCUGCAGAUUAUUGUGGAUAGUUACCGAAAGGAAAUUUCUGAUUGUGAGGCUCUUCGCUAGGAUAAAUCAGUGGCCUAACUCUAUGCACAGGAGCUACUCUUUUCUUUACCUUGGGCGAUUGUAUCUCAUGAAUGAUUGUAGAGUUGAACUCCUUACAUCUCUCUUGUGAAACUAUCAAAAAAGGCAUGAUAAAAGAAAGUUUAGUUGAACUCAAUGCUGUAUAUUGAAUGGUGCUUUGGAAGCCGUCUGUGAAUGCGGCGGACGUUAGACUAAAAUAUUACUUUAGUUUUAUAGACUGUCCAUAGGGACAUACUUUAUCCUUUGGUUUCACUUCAUACAUGGCAUUUUAUUUCUGCCUUUCACUGGGUGUUUUAGAUUCACGGUUGUAUCUUCAUUUAUGUUUUUGCGAGUUUGAUGCAUUCUUCUCUCGUGAUUGGCAUACGGAUUUCUUUGCCCCAGAUAAGAUAAUAUUCUGAAAAAUUUCACAUCAACAUCUCGAUAGAAUCCAACCGCCAUUCUGCAGGCAUCUUAAAAGAAUAGAAAAGUUCAAAUGCGCAGUGAGGAUGAUGACGAUGAUAUGUGCUAUUAUUUUUAAUUUACUGCAGAACUGGAAUUGCGUACAUAUCCAAUGUUGCUGUUCGGGAGUCCGAGAGACGAAGGGGGAUUGGCAGGCAGCUUGUUAGCAAGGCGGAGGCCUUUGCCCGUCGCUGGGGAUGUAGAGCUAUUGCACUGCACUGCGACGUGACCAAUGUGGCGGCCGUGAGGUUGUACAGGAGCCAGGGGUACAAAUGUAUCAGGAUCCCAGAGCACGCUAAUUGGCCGCAGCCAAGAACCAGCCCAGACACGCGAUUCUAUCUUAUGAUGAAAUUGUUGGCCACUCAACAGUCCGGCCAAACCAGAUAA